AUGGGUGUAGACUAUUACAAACUACUAGGUGUUGGCAGGGAUGCUUCGGAGGAGGAGAUCAAGAAGGCGUAUAAGAAGAUGGCCUUGAAAUGGCAUCCCGACAGGAAUAAAAAUUCUGAAGAGGCAACCAAGAAAUUCAAAGAGAUCUCAGAAGCCUUCGAAGUCCUCAGCGAUAAGCAAAAACGGACAAUAUACGACCAGUUUGGCGAGGAGGGCUUGAAGGGCGGACGGGGGCCGUCGCCUGGCGCAGGUGGGCCGGGAAGCGGAGGUUUCUCUGGGUUCAGCGGGUUCCCCGGAGGUGGAGGCACGACGUUCACAUUCACCUCUAGCGGACCAGGGGGCGGAUUCAGCAGCUUCAACCCCUCAGAUCCCAACAAAAUCUUCGCCGACAUCUUCGGAAGCACAGGUCUCUUCGGUAUGGGUGGUAUGGGCGGAAUGGGUGGAAUGGGCGGAAUGGGCGGGAGCAGACCAGGCAGCGGACGCCGCAGCACCAACGUCUACGACUCGGACGACGACAUGGACGGGCCCACCUUCUCCUUCGGCGGCAUGCCCGGCGGGAUCCCCCGCCGCCCAGGCCCAACCCGCACCUCCUCAGACUUUGGCCGCACCCACCAACAACAACCCGACAAACCCCCCGAAAUCACCAAACCACUCAAAGUCUCAUUAAAAGACCUCUACAACGGGACGACGAAGCAUUUGAAAGUCGGCCGUAAACUGUUGAACGGCACGACGGAGGAAAAGGUGUUGGCGAUUGAGAUCCAUCCUGGGUGGAAGAGUGGGACCAAGAUCAGGUUCCCCAAGGCGGGGAAUGAGGUGCCACCGACGGGUGAGGCGCAGGAUUUGGUGUUUGUGGUGGAGGAGAAACCCGAUGAUGUGUUUACGAGGGAAGGCGACGACCUCGUUGCCAAGGUCAAACUACCGCUCGUGGAGGCGCUCACUGGACCUCCGAGCACCGUGACGAAACACACCAAGACGCUCGAUAUGCUGGACGGGAGGAAGCUGCAGGUGGCGGUUCCGAUGGGCGUUGUGAAGCCCAACCAGAGAAGUGUGGUGACGGGUGAGGGUAUGCCUGUGCGCAAAGACGGCCAGGUGCGGAGAAAGGGCGAUUUGAUCGUGCAGUGGGACGUAGAGUUCCCUGAUCGGUUAACGCCGUCGCAGAAGGAGGGCAUACGCAGGAUUCUGACUGGCUCGUCGUAA